UCGUCGUAAUCAGUAAUCACGAUUAGCGGUCUGAACGGCGGUUGCGUGCCUGGCGAGUGGCGACGGCGGCAGCCGGCAGGUAUCGAGCAAGGCGACAGCAGACGGCAGCGACGGGUCGAGUCGACAGCGGCAGAGGGAAGACGCCAGGCCAGACGUACGCACCUAUGCGGCCGGUGGCCGGCGACCAGUGCUGCAGCGCAUCAUCUUCCCCUUGCAAGCAAAGAAUCAUGCAUCGAGGCAGGAAGUAUGAUUCCGGUGCUUCAAAGCGAAGGAAGAAACAAAAAGUAGAAGAAGAUGCUCGAGUACAAAAGGGUUCUCUUGAUAAAUUUGUUGUGAAAGAACCUCAGCCCAGUUUUGAAAACCAAACUCCAGAUGCUAAUAUUGCUGAUGCGCAUGGUGGUGAUCCAGUGGAGGUUGAGGCUCACAUUGCACAAACCGAUGAAGGUGAUGAUACUAAGAAUGUCGACGAAGAUGAUGAUCCUAAUCAUGUUGAUGAAGGAGACACUGCUAAUAUUGCCACUGAAGGUCACGUCUUGGAGAAGAUUAAUUAUAAAGAUAUGAUCGAAGAUUUCAUUUCAAGAAAUACUUGAAGAAUGCUACUCUUUGGUAGAAAAUGAGGUCAGUUUAUAAGUUUAUUGCGUUAGUAUCAUAUUUACUAUUUUACUGUAUUUUAUAGACUUUUUAAAUAUUGUAUCAAAUAAGACAUAUUUAAAGUUAAAUAAUUAAGUAAGAGUAUGCUCUGCUUACAUUAGUUCUUCAGUUUGAUGUUUAAUAAAAAAUAGGACCUUAUUUUAUUUUUGUCCCGGACCCUCAAUUUUCUGGAGACGGCCUUGCUUUAGAGUUGAGACACUUAUUUUGGGACAGAGGGAGUAGUUGAAUUGUUGACUGAAUAGAACAAGUUACCAUUCAAGGAAAGGGCCUUAUUUCCGGAUUAUACAUCAACCAGCUGAAAUAGAAGACAAUUCUGCAACUCUCAAACUUGAUGACAAAGACUGGGUCGUUUCCUCCUUUUCAAAAAA